GAAGUCGGGGGGCGCCGCGAACGUCGUAAAACGCAGAGCCGGGCUGCUUUCCGGCGGCCGCUGGGAGACAGCUUUUCGGCGGCGCCCGGCGAGAGGCGCGAGGGGAGUCUGACGUGGGCUCAUCGGUCUCUCCCGGGGGGAAGCCGGCGUCGAGAGGAGCCGAGCCCAAGCGGGGCCUGGCCUGUGGGGGCCUCCGCCAGCCGCGGGGCCGCGCCAGGCAGCCGCCGCCUCGUCCCACUUCUCCCCUGAGGCGCCGCACGGCCGGGCAGCGGAUCCAGGCCUCGGUCGGCGCCGGGCCUCCGGGGCCCUCCCGGGCUCAGCAUGCCCGGGGUGAAGCUGACCACCCAGGCCUACUGCAAGAUGGUGCUGCACGGCGCCAAGUACCCGCACUGCGCCGUCAACGGACUGCUGGUAGCCGAGAAGCAGAAGCCGCGCAAGGAGCACCUUCCUCUGGGCGGCCCGGGUGCCCACCACACCCUCUUCGUGGACUGUAUACCCCUCUUCCACGGCACCCUGGCCCUCGCCCCCAUGCUGGAGGUGGCCCUCACCCUGAUUGAUUCAUGGUGCAAAGAUAAUAGCUAUGUGAUUGCUGGUUAUUAUCAAGCUAACGAGCGAGUAAAGGAUGCCAGUCCAAACCAGGUUGCAGAAAAGGUGGCCUCCAGGAUCGCCGAGGGCUUCAGCGACACGGCUCUCAUCAUGGUAGACAACACUAAGUUCACGAUGGACUGUGUGGUACCCACAAUCCAUGUGUACGAACACCACGAAAACAAAUGGCGCUGCCGAGACCCUCACUACCACCUUCAUGGAUGACCUGAGCCACAGCUUCUGGAGGACUUGCUGCAGCUUCCCCCUCAGCACCUGCGGCUUCACCUGGCACUUUCGUGCUACGGAGGCGGCUUCUGUCCUUCAACCUCAUGAACCGACCUUUGUUUCAGACUUUCCUCCUGCAGCUCCCUCCCCUCUCUCAGCCUUUCGUAGAACUGGGGAGAGUUGGGGCCUUGCUCCGGAUUAGGCUGUAGCUUCAGGGAAUGUGGCUGGUUUGAUCUCCUAUCCAGACCACUCAGACUUUCUCCAUAUCGGCAGUAAGGCUGUUUCCUCUUCUCAUCAGUGUGUUUACUGGAGUAGUGCUUUUAAUUUCCUUCAAGAACUGUUCCUUUGCAUUCACAACUCAGAUAACUGGCACAACGGGCCUCUGGCUCUGCUUUCCACACGCCUUCCUCACGAAGCUUCAUCGUUUCUAGCUUUUGAUUUAAAGUGAGAGACGUGCGGCUCUUCAUUUCACUUGAACACUUAGAAGCUAUCGCAGGGUUAUUAAUUGGCCUAAUUUCAAUAUUGUUGUGUCUCAGGGAAUAGGGAGGCCCGAGGAGAGGGAGAGAGGGGGGAACGGCUAGUCUGUGGCGCAGUCGGAACACGCGUGAUUUAUCGUUUGCUGUCUUACAUGGGUGUGGUUUGUGGCGCCCCAAAACAAUUACAACAGUCACAUCUAAGAUCACUGAUCACAGAUCCCCGUAACAAAUAUAACGAGAGUGGAAAAGUUGGAAAUACUGUGAGAUUUACCAAAAUGUAACACAGAGUGAGCAAAUGUUCUUGGGAAAAUGGUGCCAAUAGACUUGCCCAACACAGGGUUGCCACAGACCUGCAAUUUUUUAAAAAUGCAGUAUCUGCAAAGCGCAGUAAAAGGAGAUCUACCUGUGCUUGUGAAGUUCUCUGGACAAGGCUUCGGACCCAGCGCAGCGCCUGUAGUCGGGGAGCCUGCCCCGCGACAGGACACUCACCCGAGUUUGCUGAGGGCCCUGGGUGCGCCCUGGGUGCUGAGGGUUACGUGAAUUGUGUAGAGUGGACCUCGCUGUCGUCCCCCAGCUGCCCUUCUCCAUUGCGCUGACCUCACUACUGAAGAGAUGGUCAUUCCUCAGAGAAGGGUGUUCUCAGAAACUGAUCUUCCUUUUGCCUGGGAAGGGCCUCGUCGCCCCGGUUCUUAGACGGCGGCGCCAGGCUGCAGUGGUGUGUGGUGUGGGUCCCAGCUGGCUACUUCAGCUCUGUGGCCGUGGGCGAGUUACCUCUCGGGUCUCGUCUGAAGAAGGAGGGUGAUGACACCUACUUGCAGGGAGGUUGUGAAGACCAGAGGUACUAAUACAUGUGCUAGCUCUUAGUAGAAUGUGUUUGGGCUACGCUGAAUAAGGUUCUUCAUGCAAAUGUUUUAACAGUUCUACAACAUACUGUUGGCCAGACUGACCCUCAAGGUAAAAGCCUACUUAGUCCUUUGCUAAGAAAGAUGUUAAGUGUUUAUUCAUCGUAAACAUUCAGUGAACGUUUAUUGAAUGAAUGAGUGAAUAAAAGCAUUUGCUCUCAGCAGUAA